GACAGCAAACCUGAAUAACGGAACUGAAGCAGCAGCUCAGAAUUUCUUGAUCUGAGUGGCAGCAGCCAGAAAGGGAGCCGGGUGUCGUCUUGAGGAGCUGGGAUCUGAGAGCCAGACACUCACACUAUUGGAGAUGUGGAAGUCUGUAGUGGGGCACGAUGUAUCUGUCUCUGUGGAGACCCAAGGGGAUGACUGGGACACCGACCCUGACUUUGUGAAUGACAUCUCUGAGAAGGAGCAACGGUGGGGAGCCAAGACCAUCGAAGGUUCUGGGCGCACAGAACACAUCAACAUCCACCAGCUGAGGAACAAAGUGUCAGAAGAACAUGGCAUUCUCAAGAAGAAGGAGAUGGAAUCGGGGCCCAAAGCAUCGCAUGGUUACGGAGGCCGGUUUGGGGUAGAAAGAGACCGAAUGGACAAGAGUGCUGUGGGCCAUGAGUAUGUUGCUGAGGUGGAGAAACACUCUUCUCAGACUGAUGCUGCCAGAGGCUUCGGGGGCAAAUACGGAGUUGAGAGAGACAGGGCAGACAAGUCAGCGGUUGGCUUUGAUUACAAAGGAGAAGUGGAGAAGCACACAUCUCAGAAAGAUUACUCCCAUGGCUUCGGUGGCCGUUAUGGGGUGGAGAAGGAUAAACAGGACAAGGCAGCCCUGGGGUAUGACUACAAGGGAGAGACGGAGAAGCACGAGUCCCAGAAAGAUUACUCCCGUGGCUUCGGUGGCCGUUAUGGGGUGGAGAAGGAUAAACAGGACAAGGCAGCCCUGGGGUAUGACUACAAGGGAGAGACGGAGAAGCACGAGUCCCAGAAAGAUUACUCCCGUGGCUUCGGUGGCCGUUAUGGGGUGGAGAAAGAUAAACAGGACAAGGCAGCCCUGGGGUAUGACUACAAGGGAGAGACGGAGAAGCACGAGUCCCAGAAAGAUUAUGCCAAGGGCUUUGGUGGCCAGUAUGGGAUCCAGAAGGACCGAGUAGAUAAGAGUGCUGUUGGCUUCAAUGAAAUGGAGGCCCCAACCACUGCUUAUAAGAAGACGACGCCCAUAGAGGCUGCUUCCAGUGGUGCCCGUGGACUGAAGGCAAAAUUUGAGUCCAUGGCUGAGGAGAAAAAGAAGCAGGAAGAAGAGGAGAAGGCAAAGCAGAUGGCCAGGCAACAACAGGAGCGAAAGGCUGUGGUAAAGAUGAGCCGCGAGGCUCAGCAGCCAGAGAGGCCUGUGGAAGAACCAGAGGUGCCGGCCCCAUUGCCCAAGAAAAUCUCCUCAGAGGCUUGGCCUCCAGCAGGAAGUUGUCCAUCUCCAGAGCCUGAGCCUGUAAGAACCAGCAGGAACCUCCCAAUGCCAUCCCUACCCACAAGGCAGAAUCCCCUUGAGGAUGAUGAGGAGCCCCCAGCUCUGCCCCCCAGGACUCCAGAGGUCCUCCAGCUGGAGGAAGAGCCAAUUUAUGAAGCCGAGCCUGAGCCUGAGCCCGAGAAUGACUAUGAGGAUGUUGAGAACAUGGGCAGGCCUGGGCAGGAUGACGACAUACAGGGAGACUAUGAGGAUGCUGAGAACAUUGUCAGGCCUGAGCAGAAUGAUGAUGCAGAGGGGGACUAUGAGGACAUACUUGAGCCUGGGGAUCCCUCUUUUUCCCCCACCCUUGCUGGAUCGUCAGGAUGCCCGGCUGGGGCUAUGGGGAUCUCAGCUGUCGCCCUGUAUGAUUACCAAGGAGAAGGAAGUGAUGAGAUUUCCUUUGAUCCAGAUGACAUCAUCACUGACAUUGAGAUGGUGGAUGAGGGCUGGUGGCGGGGACGUUGCCACGGCCACUUUGGACUCUUCCCUGCAAAUUAUGUCAAGCUCCUCGAGUGACUGGCUCUCCCGGUUUUUUUGCGCUAUGACUCCCCAUGUCCAAAGUGGCUCUGCCUCCACCCCCCACCCCCUCCCUAUUCCUGCUUCAAGGAUGUCAUGAGUUGCCUGAGAUUCUGGGUAGACUUCCUCCUCCAAUUCCAUUAAAGGCUUGGGCAGAGCCAGCAUAAUGAAGGUUGUUCCUUCCCUUAGUGUCCUCUCUACGCUGGAUGAGCCUCAGGCCAUAGAGUGGACCAACCUGCUCAUGAACACUUAUCUCAUGGUCUUGCCUUGUCCCCCAUGAAUGUUUCCUCUAACCAGCCCCAAAUCUGCUCUCCUUUCUGGGAUUCUUGGUUUGCUUACCUGGGAUGAUACCCAGACUCCCUGGUUUGUCAGGUUGUGCUGUUUGCCCAUUUUCCUUUUCUGCAGAGAUAUCUCUGAAUUUUCUCUCUGCCCAGUCCUAAAGUUGGAAAUAAAGUGAGACUAUGGUUCACCCUUA